AUGCCGUUCGCAGUGCCGCAGUGCGCGAAAUUUGGCGAGAAGGAUGCUGGGCCUUGUGAGUGUUCCCGGCACCAGACGGGGCAGCAGUCCUCAGACUAUGUGACGUUCCAGUCGCUCAGCUCCAACAAUAACGGUAAUGUCACCGGCAGACUCGAAUUCCGGAUUCAAGCUCACUGCGAUAUCGAUUAUACAGAAUACCCAAGUGAUAUCAAGCACUGCUGCUUCAAUCUGCAGUCCACCCUCUACAAACGCUACAUCAAGUACUACCUCGAGAAUGAAGACGAACAUCUUGACACUUCACAAUUGAAAACCAACUGGAAGAUCGAAAACUCGGCCGAGUUGCUGGAGAUCUGCGUAACCGCGCGACGUCGUUCCACAACACUUGCAGUUGAGCUGACUCUACCAGUGCUUAUAUCUGCACUGCUUUUGCUUAUCGCUCCGUUCUUCGGAAAAUUCGACCAGCAGAUCAAGGUGAAAAUGUUCGCUUACUUCUUCAAUUUAUGA